AUGGACGGAUUAUGUCUGAUCCGCGCAUUCAGCCCACCUCCUACCCUCCCACUUACAUUUGCGGAGGACGCGGUAUGUGAUUGGGACCUGGCGAAGGUGGAGUACGGGGAAGCGUCUGAGGGCGCGGCUGAGGCAGAGGGCCUGGUACACUCGAUACGGGAGGGCGUGGGAGUGACGGAAACGGACCAGGCGGAGGAGAAACGAGUGGUGGUAGAAGGUUAUUCGGCGGAGGCAAACGCCCGUGGCCGUACGGGCCGCCAGUACCGCCCAAACGGCCAUAUUUGCCCCAACGUUUAUUACGGCCGCGGCGGAGGCAGCGACACAGGAGGGCGUGGGCGCCGUGGAGGCACCAACACGGGAGGACGUGGGCGCUGCGGAGGCGGCGUCACGAGAGGACGUGGGCGCCCCGGAGCAGCGUCACGGGAGGACGUGGGCGCCCGGAGGCAGCGUCACGGGAGGCGUGGGCGCCGAGCAGCGUCACGGGAGGGCGUGGGCGCGGAAAAGGCACCGACACGGGAGGACGCGGGCGUCGCGGAGGCACUGACACGGGAGCCCGUGGGCGCAACGGAGCAUCGUCACGGGAGGACGUGGGCGCCGCGGAGGCAGCGUCACGGGAGGGCGUGGCGCGGAAAAGGCACCGACACAGGAGGACGUGGCGUCGUGGAGGCACUGACACGGGAGCCCGUGGCGCUGUGGAGGCGGCGUCACGGAAGAGCGUGGGCCGCGGAGGCACUGACACGGGAGCCCGUGGGCGCAGUAGAGGCAGCGACACGAGAGGGCGUAAGCGCAGCCGACGCAGCGAGACGGAGGGACGUAGGCGUAGCCGACGCAGCGAAGUUAGAGAGCGCCCGCGCGACCGACCCAGAGGACAUUCAAUCGGUCCAGGUGUUCCUGUGGGCCGCGGAGGCACUGACACGGGAGCCCGUGGGCGCAGUAGAGGCAGCGACACGAGAGGGCGUAAGCGCAGCCGACGCAGCGAGACGGAGGGACGUAGGCGUAGCCGACGCAGCGAAGUUAGAGAGCGCCCGCGCGACCGACCCAGAGGACAUUCAAUCGGUCCAGGUGUUCCUGUGGGCCGCGGAGGCACUGACACGGGAGGAUGUGGGAGCAACGGACGCAGCGACACGGGAGGACGUGGGCGCAGCGGAGGCAGUAACACGGGAGGACGUGGGCGCAGCGGACGCAGCGACACGGGAGGACGUGGGCGCAGGAGUUCGCGCGGCCGACCCUCAGGACGCGGAGGACUCGGUCGUAUCCCUGUAG